UUUGGGUUUGGAGCCCCACCCCUUAGGCUUUGCACCCCACUAAAACAGAUACGGAAUUUAAAUUUCCGUAUCAAUACGGAAAAUAAAAUUCCGUAUCUGUUUUAGUAUAUAAUGAGUGGUUGAAAAUGUGACACGCAUGCUUAAAUACAGUACGGAAUUUUAAGUUCCGUAUUCAAUGUGGAGAAUACGGAACUUUAAAUUCCGUAUUUGAUAAAGUGGGGUGCCAAGCCCCAUAGGUGGGGUGCCAAACCCAACUCCCUGUUCCACAGUGUACAAAACGCAUACUUUGUGUAUAAUAAUGCAAUAUACAAAUACGAAGAGCAAAAAAGAAAACAUGAUCAUGAUGAUGAACAUGGUGGAGCAAUGAUCCCAUUACCUUACAGAGUGCCGCCACCAUUGAUUUCCACUUCUUUGCUUCGCUUCCACUCUAACUCCUCCUUCUAUUUCCUCACCGAUCUUCAUCGGGAUCUCCAAAACCAGUCCACUCUUUCUCGCGUUUUGCCGCCAUAACAUACCCACGUGGAUUUCCCACUUUCUACCUUUUUUUGGUUUUCUGGUAGAUAGCUAGUCGUUUGAUCAAGGAAGAAACUCCUCUGCCUUAUGAGCUUACAAGAAGUGAAAUCUGAAAAAAUAUUUUGCCAUGCCAUUCAAUUACAAUAUACACCCAAGUAAUGAGUUGUUUAAACCCUCUGAUGAUCUGUGGUUCAGUGGAGACGCUAGAAAGAUCAAUUCAAAACGGCAAAGUAGCUUGAAAUCAGCAAAGGAGAGCUCUGCUAGGCCCCAAUCCUAUCCAUGUCCAAGGGAUCAAAAUAAAUUGAAAUCAAAGUCCAAUUUUGAUCCUUGCCAUGAAGAAAAGCUGGAUACAUUAGGGGAGAUUUUUCGCCGGGAGAGCGUGAACGGAAGCUCAACGCAACAUGAUGAGCUUGUUAAGCAUAUGUCUAAUUUGCCAAGUUUUCUCAAAGGUUCUUCUGAUAGAGGAAAAAACAUUCAAGGGAAGGCUUUAAAUGUCGGGGUUCUUGAUUGGUCACGACUCGAGAAAUGGAAGAACAAGAGCAGUGAAGAAUCAUCAUCAUCAUCAAGGGCUGCCACCACAUCAUCUACUACAACAAGAGGCCAUAAAAAGCAUGGCGAUCGAAAAGGUUCACGUUCUUCAAGUGUCAAGGGAUCUUAUAAAGAAGGCCUUACUGAAAGUUCCAAACAGCAUUCUCAGAAUGUAAAAAGAUAUCAACAUUCUGAAACUGAAAUAAGGACUCUUGGAGAUGAGCUCAGAAUGACAGCCUUUGAAUUUCAGUCCAUUGGGAAGACUCACUUAGAUAAAUCACUUCAAAAGGAGAAAAGGAGCGACCAAGAUAAUGUAAGGAAUUUUGCAUCAGAGUCCACGCAUCACGGGGUCUCACUAGUUCCUAAUGAAAAUUCAAAUGGUUGGGAUUUUGAAGCUCAGAAUAGCAUGGGGGGUUUGAAACAGCAUUGCCUCAAGAAACGGGAGAGAAAUCUCAACUCCAUUUCUCAUAAGGGACUUCCAUCUUUAGAAUCAAAAUACAAAGGUAGCUCAUUUAGUUCUCAGAAUAAAAUGUCAAGUAAAGCCAAGAAAAAUAUGGAUGAAGUUCAGGAGACAGAUUUUGAUGUUGGUUAUAAACAAUACCGUGGCAUGCCUAGUAAUAUUGUGCUCCUUCGUCCCCGGAAAUUCCUGGAAUCGAGUUCUGAAGAUUAUUUUCAGCUUUCUCAGUCAAGAACUUCAUCAGAUGAAAUUUUUUCAGAAUCAAGCCAGAGUAGUUCAUCCUAUGUUUCCCUUUACGAGGAGGUUUACACUGAAGAUGUAUCUUCUGAAGCUUCACAUUUAAGUGUACUGCAUUCUGUGACUAAUCUCGCUUCUUCAAGAACAACAGAACACACUGCCAAUGCUGAUCUAGAUCAUUCUUCACAUUCAAAUGAGAUGUCUAGUCUCACAUCAGAAGAUAAUUGCAUUGAAAAGGAUAUCUCGGACAUCAAGCUAAGAAAUCAGUGUUCUUUCACUAAUAUGAAUGAACCACAGGACCAUGAAACUGCUGAGCAGACAACACUGAAUGCCUGGAAUUCCUCUUCUCAACCUCGUCUCGGCUUCGGCUUAAAUCGGAUUGGAAGAAGCUUCAGUUUCAAGGAAAGUUCUACCCUUCCAAAACAUAGCUCCAAGGAUGUUAGUGCUAAGUCUGGUCCAUUGACAUUUGAACCUUCUGGUUAUUUGGACAAUUCAACAACCGGUCACAACAGAACCAGGUCCUACGGCUCCUUUCGGAGGUUAUUAGACCCCAUAUUGAAGCAUAAGGCAUCAAACAUUCACCAUUCAGCUGAAUGCAGUCCGGCAAGAAGCAUGAAUCUUCCUGCUGAAAAAGGCAAGGAGUCAUCAAUUCAAGCCUUUUUGCAGCUAACAAUAAAAAAUGGACUACCAUUGUUUAAAUUUGUGAUCAACAGUGAAAGAAAGGUUCUUGCAGCUACCAUGAAAAGCUUGGAGAAGGAUGGUGUAGGCUGCUAUUUCACAUUCUACCUCGUUAAUGAAAUUAAGAAAAAAGGCGGUAAAUGGGUGAAUCACUGGAAUAAAGAGAAAAACUGUGGAUAUGAAUACAAAGUUGUUGGUCAGAUGAAGAUUUCUAGCUCUAGAAUCACUGAGUCAAGUGAUCAGACCAAGUGUGUGGAAAAAGAUUAUGUUCUGUUCAGCGUUGACGUCGACCAAGGACCCCCAGAUUUUACCAAGAGCAAGGAGCUUGCAGCUGUUGUUAUGGAAACCCCUUGUGAAGAUGCAAGUCAUGAAGGACUCUAUAGUGAUAAUUUGCAGAAGAUGGGAUGCUUAAAAUGCUUGGAAGAUGAAAUAUGCUUUUGCAGCUCACAAGAAAUUGAUAUCCCUGGUAGAAUUACAGUUAUACUUCCGGGUGGUGUGCAUAGUUCACCAAGCAAAGGAGAACCUUCGCCGUUGAUCCAUCGAUGGAAAAUGGGGGGAAUUUGUGAUUGUGGAGGUUGGGAUGUUGGAUGCAAACUUCUUGGCCUCUCUAACAAGUACCACAGUUCAAAUGUUCCAAGAAGUUUAAAAUCUUACCUUGAGAGAUUUCAACUUUUUGUUCAGGAAGGAGCUGAGCAAAACACAUCCCUAUUUGCCUUGGCGCCUUUGAAGGAUGGAUUCUACUCAGUUGAGUUCAGUUCAAGAAUCAAUCAUUUGCAGGCAUUCUUCAUUUCUAUUGCGGUUUUAAACAGCCAGAAAGUAUCAAGUUCCUUGGAAACUGGUUACAAGCCAGAAGAGAUCAAUAGGGAACUUCAGGUGAAAGCACGUUUACAUUAUAAUCCAAUUCCACCACUCUCCCCUGUUGACAGAGUUUAAGUUCAGAAAGUGGAGGCUCUUCCAGCAAAUCAUAGUAAGCUGUUAUAUAAAUCAUUGUAUUAUUGUAUCAUUGUACAAAAGAACCACAGCACCUAUAGCAUAUUAUUUACAAAGCACAAUAUGAAUGAAUGAAUAAAUAACCAGUAGGUUUAUCCAA